AUGGCUACCAACGGCGAUUUUACCGACGAUGAAUCGCAACCUGGUUCCCCCAUGCUCGAUGCGGCGAACGGUCAUUAUGAAAUUGAAGAACAAGAGCCUCUUGAUGUCGAGGAGAAGGCCCUCAAGUCUUCGAUGAAGAAGGGCUCCAUGCCCCCAGUUCCUCAACCGAAGCGCCCAGAACUGCCCGAGCAGCCUGACCCAGAGACCAUCGAUCUGUCGAAACUGACGCCUCUGUCCCCCGAAAUUAUCGCGCGCCAGGCCACGAUCAACAUUGGUACCAUCGGACACGUCGCUCACGGCAAGUCGACCGUGGUGAAGGCUAUCUCGGAGGUGCAGACGGUCCGUUUCAAGAACGAGUUGGAGCGGAAUAUUACCAUCAAGCUGGGUUAUGCCAACGCCAAGAUCUACAAGUGCGACAGCCCUGAGUGCCCUCGGCCGACAUGCUACAAGAGUUACAAGAGUGAGAAGGAGGUCGACCCUCCUUGCGAAAGAGAAGGAUGCACAGGUCACUACAGACUGCUGAGACACGUUUCUUUCGUUGACUGCCCCGGUCACGACAUUCUCAUGAGCACUAUGUUGUCAGGCGCCGCCGUCAUGGACGCCGCCCUUCUUUUGAUUGCCGGAAACGAAGCCUGCCCUCAGCCCCAGACCUCGGAGCACUUGGCAGCCAUUGAGAUCAUGAAGCUCAGCCACAUUAUCAUCCUGCAGAACAAGGUCGAUCUGAUGAGAGAGGAUGGAGCUUUGCAACAUUACCAGUCGAUUCUGAAGUUCAUCCGUGGUACUGUCGCUGAUGGCUCGCCCAUCAUUCCUAUCUCUGCGCAGCUCAAGUACAACAUUGAUGCUGUUAACGAAUACCUUGUUUCGCACAUCCCCGUCCCCGUCCGUGACUUCACUGCUUCCCCUCACAUGAUCGUCAUCCGUUCCUUCGACGUCAACAAGCCCGGUGCGGAGAUUGAUGAGCUGAAGGGUGGUGUUGCCGGUGGCUCUAUCCUGACUGGUGUGCUCAAGUUGAAUGAUGAGAUCGAGAUCCGCCCUGGUCUCGUUACCAAGGACGAGAACGGCAAGAUUCAGUGCCGUCCCAUCUUCUCGCGUGUUGUCUCGCUCUUUGCCGAGCACAACGACCUGAAGUUUGCUGUUCCUGGUGGUCUGAUCGGUGUCGGCACCCGUGUCGACCCUACUCUGUGCCGUGCUGAUCGUCUCGUUGGUUUCGUCCUGGGUCACCGUGGUCGCCUGCCCGCUAUUUACACUGAACUGGAGGUCAACUACUUCUUGCUGCGUCGUCUGCUCGGUGUCAAGACCGCCGAUGGCAAGCAGGCUAAGGUUGCCAAGCUGACCAAGAACGAGGUUCUCAUGGUCAACAUCGGAUCGACAGCCACUGGUGCCAAGGUUAUGGGUGUGAAGGCCGACGCUGCCAAGCUCAGCUUGACCAGCCCUGCCUGCACAGAAAUUGGCGAGAAGAUUGCCAUCAGCCGAAGAAUCGACAAGCAUUGGCGUCUGAUCGGUUGGGCCAACAUUGUCGCUGGUAACACUCUUGAGCCUAUUCUGAACUAG